GUUUCCUUCUGGUAAUCAUUACUUCCGUCUAUUUUCGUUAGAUAACAUUGAUCUUCUUCUCCGAUUCUCUGAUUGGUUCGAAUUUCAGAUUUCGAAAGUAGUGAAGAAAGUUGGGAGCUGUACAUUUCCGCUUUCAUGUUCUCUGUUGAAUCCGAAUUCUCUCCACACACAUUAGUUGUUUUACAGAUCUCCGAAGUUGGCUCCUCAAAGAAGAUCACAGCGCCACAUGGGCGGCCAAAUGCAGCAAAGCAAUGCUGCGGCUGCGACGGCGCUAUAUGAUGGGGCUUUACCAACAAAUGACGCAGGAGAUGCAGUCAUGGCACGGUGGCUUCAAUCCGCUGGAUUGCAGCAUUUGGCGUCUCCGGUUGCUUCUACAGGCAAUGAUCAGCGUCAUCUCCCAAACCUUCUCAUGCAGGGUUAUGGAGCACAGACCGCUGAAGAGAAACAAAGACUGUUUAAACUAAUGAGAAAUCUCAAUUUUAACGGGGAUUCGACUUCUGAAUCAUAUACACCAACUGCUCAGACAUCAGCAGCUAUGCCCUCUUCGGAAGGAUUUUUUUCACCUGAGUUCAGAGGUGAUUUUGGAGCAGGAUUAUUGGAUCUCCAUGCAAUGGAUGAUACAGAGCUUCUAUCUGAGCAUGUGAUUACCGAACCGUUUGAGCCGUCACCUUUCAUGCCUAGUGUAAAUAAAGAAUUUGAAGAAGACUAUAAUUUGCCAGCUAAUCGUCAACAACGACAACCGACAGAAGCUGAACCUUUGGGUUUAUUGCCUAAGAGUGAAAAAGAAAAUAACAGUGUAGCCAAGAUUAAAGUAGUGGUAAGGAAAAGACCCCUAAACAAGAAAGAAACAGCUAAGAGGGAGGAGGAUGUCGUGACGGUAUCUGAUAAUUCUUUGACUGUCCAUGAGCCCAAAGUGAAGGUGGAUUUGACUGCUUAUGUGGAAAGGCAUGAGUUCUGCUUUGAUGCUGUUCUAGAUGAGGAUGUCUCAAAUGACGAGGUGUAUCGGGCCACAAUUGAGCCGAUAAUUCCAAUUAUUUUCCAGAGAACUAAAGCUACAUGCUUUGCAUAUGGUCAAACAGGUAGUGGUAAGACAUUCACAAUGAAACCACUACCCAUACGAGCAGUUGAAGAUCUUAUGAGGUUGUUGCGUCAACCAGUAUACAGCAAUCAGAGGUUUAAAUUGUGGCUCAGCUAUUUUGAGAUAUAUGGUGGAAAGCUGUUCGAUCUUCUCAGUGAGAGAAAGAAACUUUGCAUGCGAGAAGAUGGUAGACAGCAAGUUUGCAUUGUUGGCCUGCAAGAAUAUGAAGUUUCAGAUGUACAAAUUGUAAAGGAUUUUAUCGAGAAAGGAAAUGCUGAAAGGAGCACAGGGUCAACUGGAGCAAAUGAGGAAUCUUCUAGAUCACAUGCCAUCCUACAGCUUGUUGUAAAAAAGCAUGUUGAGGUAAAAGACACUAGACGGAGGAAUAAUGAUGGUAAUGAAUUGCCUGGGAAAGUUGUGGGAAAGAUUUCUUUCAUUGACCUUGCUGGCAGUGAAAGAGGUGCAGACACCACCGACAAUGAUCGCCAGACAAGGAUUGAAGGCGCAGAAAUCAAUAAGAGUCUCUUGGCUCUUAAGGAAUGUAUACGUGCACUGGACAAUGACCAGCUACAUAUACCAUUUCGUGGAAGCAAACUAACGGAAGUGCUACGUGACUCAUUUGUUGGAAACUCAAGAACGGUGAUGAUUUCCUGCAUCUCUCCAAAUGCAGGAUCGUGUGAACAUACCCUCAAUACUCUAAGAUAUGCUGAUCGAGUCAAAAGUCUAUCAAAAAGUGGAAAUAGCAAGAAAGAUCAAACUGCCAAUGCAAUGCCUCCGGUUAAUAAGGAUGCUUUGUUGGGCCCAAAUGAUGUAGAAGAUGUCUUUGAGCCUCCACAGGAAGUGAAUGUACAGGAAACCAGGAGGAGGGUGGUCGAGAAGGACAGCAACACUACUACAUCGGGUAUUGACUUCAGACAGCCUACAAAUUAUCGAGAAGAAAGUGGAAUCCCAUCAUUCUCAAUGGACAAGGGAAGGUCAGAGACGAAUAGUUCUUUUGGUGGCUCCACUAGUCAGAGGAACCACAUGUCUUCAUAUCCCCAAGAAACUUCAGACCGUGAAGAGAAAGUGAAGAAAGUGUCACCACCUCGUGGGAAAGGGUUGCGGGAAGAAAAACCAGACAGACCACAAAAUUGGCCUAAAAGAGAUGUCAGUUCGUCGGAUAUCCCUACCUUGACAAAUUUUAGACAGAACACAAGUGAAACUGCUUCAAGGCAAUAUGACACCGACCCUUCGCUUGAUGAAAACCUCGAUGCACUGCUUGAGGAAGAAGAAGCUCUGAUUGCAGCACACAGAAAAGAAAUUGAGGACACAAUGGAGAUUGUUCGCGAGGAAAUGAAACUUCUAGCGGAGGUGGACCAACCAGGAAGCAUGAUAGAAAACUAUGUGACGCAACUAAGCUUUGUACUGUCCCGGAAAGCAGCAGGGCUAGUCAGUCUUCAAGCCAGGCUUGCUCGAUUCCAACAUCGUCUCAAGGAACAAGAAAUACUGAGCCCUUUGAUCUUAGAAAUGGGAGAUGGGGCUGAGAUUGUGGACAUGUUAGAAGGGGAAGAGAAGAAGCUGGCAGAGAAAAAUGAGUUGGUGGGAUCUGAUGAAGUGAGGGAUAAUGAAGAAGAGGUCUUUGAAGAAGCAAUUGGUUCGCAAGAGGGUCCACAACCUGAAUCAUUCGAAGCCGAUGUGUUGCAAGAGGAUUUACCUUUAGAGGAAACUCCUGAGAAUUCCAAGAAUGAGCAUGAGGAAGUGGGUGAUUUGGAAGAAACAAGUAGCAAUGAGAGGGGAGUAGAAGAUUUAAAGGUUAAUUAUACGGUGGUGGGAGAGAGCCAUGGUGAGGUUAACUUGCAGCAUACAACUGCUAAGGAGGCUGAAUCUGAUUUGGUGACUGCCAAAAUGAAUGAUGAUGAUCAAGGGGAAGUAGCAGAUGCUGAAAUUUCUUAUGGUAAAAUUGAAUCGAGCUUGGAUGUGGUUGAGAACAGUGAGGAAUCUACUUCCAUUUUUGCGGCUGAGGAUGUGAAUUUGGAAAACGGAUAUACACAUUCUUCUUCAGGAAAUGGGAUAGUCUCUCCUGAGAAUAAAGAACUGGUGGCAGAAGUUAUCUCAGCAAGUGCCUGGUCCGAGGAAACAGGGAAUGAUGGUAUUGAAAACGAAAUUUUGGACGAAAAAGUUGAUGUAUCAGCUGGCAUGGGAACAGAAAAAAAGGUUGGGGAAGGUGAAGGAACAAAUAGGAAUUGCUUUGAGAAGGGUUUCAUAUGUUUAGAUAAUGAGUCUGGGGCAAAAAGAAAUGUCGAGACUGGUACCGACUACAAUAGUAUUAAAAAUGCUUCAGGUGACAAAUCCUUGAAUGAUAGUAUUGAAGUAGCAGCUGGGACCUUAUCUCCAUUGGAAAAAUCUAGUUCCGAGGAAAAGGGAGAGACUGAAGGUCACAGCAGUAGUAGCUUCCCUGGGGUAACUUUUAGAGAACAGGACACUGUUCAAAAUCGUAAUGGAGGACAUGAUAUUCAACAGAGUCCUCAAUCUAAUAAGGAAAUUGAAAAGCAGCAAGACAGCAGCGUUAAUAUAGGUCCAGAGAUUAAGGAAAGCCAACAUGUGGAAAGAGAAUCUGAGGUAUCAAGUUCUGUUUCACCAACAGAGUCUAGAAUAAAUACUGCAUCAUUACCAUCUGCUCGCCCAGCAGGUCUUGGUCGUGCUGCUCCACUUUUGGAACCGGCUCCACGUGUUCCACAACAGCCUCGUGUCAAUGGAAAUGUGUCUCACAAUCAGCCUCAGCAAGCUGAAGACUCUACCACUGCGGAGACAGAUGAGCAUGAUGAGACCCGUGAGAAGCUCCAGUUCAUAAGGGUCAAGUUUUUGAGGCUUUCACAUAGAUUAGGGCAAACUCCACAUAAUGUUGUUGUUGCUCAGGUUUUGUACAGGCUUGGAUUGGCUGAACAGUUGAGGGGCAGAAACGGAAGCCGUGUUGGUGCCUUUAGUUUUGAUCGUGCCAGUGCCAUGGCUGAACAGCUUGAGGCAGCUGGACAGGAUCCCCUUGAUUUUUCUUGUACGAUUAUGGUGCUCGGUAAAAGUGGGGUUGGUAAAAGUGCAACUAUCAAUUCUAUUUUCGAUGAACUGAAAAUUAGUACUGAUGCAUUCCAGAUGGGGACAAAGAGGGUUCAGGAUAUUGAGGGUUUUGUUCAAGGAAUUAAGGUACGGGUAAUUGACACUCCCGGUCUCUUACCAUCCUGGUCAGAUCAACACAAGAAUGAGAAGAUCCUGAAGUCUGUUAGGGCAUUCAUCAAGAAAAAUCCGCCUGACAUUGUAUUAUAUCUUGAUAGGUUAGAUAUGCAAAGCAGAGAUUCUGGUGACAUGCCUCUAUUGCGCACCAUUACUGAUGUUUUUGGACCAUCGAUUUGGUUUAAUGCCAUUGUGGGUUUGACUCAUGCCGCUUCGGCUCCACCAGAUGGCCCAAAUGGGACUGCUUCUAGCUAUGACAUGUUUGUAACACAACGUUCUCAUGUCAUCCAGCAAGCCAUUCGCCAAGCAGCGGGAGAUAUGAGGCUCAUGAACCCUGUUUCUUUAGUUGAGAACCACUCUGCUUGCAGGACAAAUCGGGCUGGCCAGAGAGUAUUACCUAAUGGCCAAGUGUGGAAGCCUCAUUUGCUAUUACUCUCAUUUGCAUCCAAGAUUCUAGCCGAAGCAAAUGCUCUUCUGAAAUUACAAGAUAAUAUUCCAGGGGAACAAUUUGUAUCUCGGUCCAAGGCUCCACCAUUACCAUUGCUCCUCUCAUCGCUUCUGCAAUCAAGACCACAAGCUAAGCUUCCUGAGCAGCAGUACGAUGAUGAAGAAGAUGAAGAUGAUUUGGACGAAUCAUCAGAUUCUGACGAAGAAUCAGAGUAUGAUGAGCUUCCUCCCUUUAAGCGGUUGACUAAAGCUGAGAUGGCUAAGCUUAAUAAAUCUCACAGGAAGGAAUAUCUCGAUGAGAUGGAGUAUCGGGAGAAACUAUUUAUGAAGAGGCAGAUGAAAGAGGAAAGAAAGAGACGUAAGUUGUUGAAGAAAUUUGCUGCUGAGAUUAAAGAUAUGCCUAGCGGGUAUAGUGAAAAUGUGGAAGAGGAGAGAAGUGAACCUGCAGCUGUUCCAGUUCCCAUGCCAGAUUUAUCUCUACCUGCAUCUUUUGACUCUGACAAUCCUACUCACCGGUACCGGUACCUUGAUUCCUCCAAUCAAUGGCUUGUUAGACCAGUGCUGGAAACUCAUGGAUGGGAUCAUGAUAUUGGUUACGAAGGUGUGAAUGCGGAACGACUAUUUGUUGUUAAAGACAAAAUACCGGUAUCUUUCUCUGGCCAAGUGACAAAGGACAAGAAGGAUGCAAAUGUGCAGCUGGAAUUGGCUAGCUCGGUUAAACAUGGAGAUGGUAGAUCAACUUCCCUAGGGUUUGACAUGCAAAAUGCUGGGAAGGAAUUGGCCUACACUGUUCGAAGUGAAACGAGAUUUAACAAUUUUAGGAAAAACAAAGCCGCAGCUGGUCUCUCCGUAACACUCUUGGGUGAUUCAGUGUCUGCGGGACUGAAAGUGGAAGAUAAGUUGAUUGCUAAUAAACGGUUCAGAAUGGUUAUGUCAGGUGGAGCAAUGACUAGUAGGGGAGAUGUUGCCUAUGGUGGUACUUUAGAAGCUCAGUUUAGAGAUAAAGAUUAUCCGCUAGGUCGGUUUUUAUCAACUCUUGGAUUUUCCGUGAUGGAUUGGCAUGGCGAUCUUGCUAUCGGAGGGAAUAUACAGUCUCAAGUACCCAUUGGACGUUCCUCUAAUCUAAUUGCUCGUGCUAAUCUGAAUAACAGAGGUGCAGGGCAAGUAAGCAUCCGCGUAAACAGCUCUGAGCAGCUUCAACUUGCUGUGGUUGCACUUGUUCCUCUGUUCAAGAAGCUUCUUAUGCUCGUCAAUUUAACACGUCUCUAUGCAUCAUGCAACGAAGUGGAACUUGCACGCCAUGUGUUCGACGAAAUUCCUCAUCCAAGGAUCAAUCCUAUUACGUGGGAUGUGAUGAUCAGAGCCUAUGUGUCGAAUGGUUUCCCAGAAAAAGCUUUGGAUUUCUACUACAAGAUGCUGAGUUCUGGUGUUAGACCCACGAAAUAUACGUACCCGUUUGUUUUAAAAGCAUGUGCUGGUCUUCGUGCAAUUAAAGAUGGUAAGCUGAUACAUAGCCAUGUGAAAUGUAGCAACUUUGCAGCUGAUAUGUAUGUAUGUACUGCUCUGGUUGAUUUUUAUGCUAAAUGUGGGGAACUUGAGAUGGCUAUAAAGGUGUUCGAUGAAAUGCCUAAGAGAGAUAUUGUCGCUUGGAAUGCUAUGAUUUCUGGGUUUUCUUUACAUUGCUGUUUAACUGAUGUCAUUGGAUUGUUUUUGGAUAUGCGUAGAAGCGAUGGACUUAGCCCUAAUUUAUCCACCAUUGUUGGGAUGUUUCCUGCACUCGGAAGGGCUGGUGCAUUGAGGGAAGGGAAAGCUGUUCAUGGGUAUUGCACAAGAAUGGGUUUUAGCAAUGAUUUAGUUGUUAAGACGGGGAUCUUGGAUGUGUAUGCCAAAAGCAAGUGCAUUAUCUAUGCGAGAAGAGUUUUUGAUUCAGACUUUAAGAAGAAUGAGGUAACUUGGAGUGCUAUGAUUGGAGGCUAUGUAGAAAAUGAUAUGAUAAAGGAAGCUGGAGAAGUGUUUUUGCAGAUGUUGGUUAAUGCAGAUAUGGCGAUGGUGACACCAGUGGCCAUUGGGCUUAUUCUGAUGGGUUGUGCAAGGUUUGGAGAUCUGAAUGGAGGGCGAUGCGUACAUUGUUACGCGAUUAAAGCAGGCUUCAUCUUAGACUUAACUGUUGGUAACACAGUAAUUUCAUUUUACACCAAGUCUGGAAGCUUAUGUGAUGCUUUUAGACAGUUUAGUGAGAUUGGCUUGAAAGACAUUGUUUCAUAUAAUUCUCUUAUCUCUGGGUGUGUGGAGAACUGUCGUGCAGAAGAGAGUUUUCGUCUAUUUCAUGAUAUGAAAUCAUCCGGAAUUCACCCCGAUAUUACAACAUUGGUUGGUGUCUUAACCGCUUGCUCUCACUUGGCUGCUUGGGGACACGGUUCUAGUUGCCAUGGGUAUUGUGUUGUUAAUGGCUAUGCAGUUAACACAAGCAUUUGUAAUGCACUGAUGGAUAUGUACACAAAGUGCGGAAGACUUUAUGUAGCCAAGAGAGUUUUCGACACAAUGCAUAUGCGAGAUAUAGUUUCAUGGAACACAAUGCUGUUUGGAUUUGGGAUUCAUGGGCUUGGCAAAGAAGCUCUUUCUCUGUUCAACAGUAUGCAGGAAACAGGUGUGAACCCAGACGAGGUGACUCUUCUUGCUAUUUUGUCUGCGUAUAGCCAUUCAGGACUUGUGGACGAAGGGAAACAGCUCUUCAACUCCAUGUCUCGAGGAGAUUUCAACGUCACCCCAAGAAUAGACCAUUACAAUUGCAUGACUGAUCUCCUAGCCCGUGCCGGAUACUUGGAUGAAGCUUAUGAUUUCGUCAACAAGAUGCCAUUUGAGCCCGAUAUUCGCGUGUUGGGUACACUUCUAUCUGCUUGUUGGACAUACAAGAAUGUGGAACUUGGGAAUGAAGUGUCGAAAAAGAUGCAGAGUCUUGGAGAAACAACAGAAAGCUUAGUUCUUCUAUCCAAUACCUAUUCAGCUGCUGAGAGAUGGGAAGAUGCAGCAAAAAUUAGAAUGACACAGAAUCAAAGAGGGCUUCUCAAGACUCCGGGUUAUAGCUGGGUCGAUGUUUGAUUAAUGAUAUGAAAUUAGGGUUUAGCAGAGGAAGACAAAAACGUAACCGAGAAGUAAAGAUUUGGUUACUCUGUUUUUCAGCUUCCCACUUAAAAUCGCAGCCGUUAAAAAACUCUUGAAAUCAGAUAGGGACCGUUGGAUUACUGACAUGGUAUGUAAGUGUAAUAUACAGAUUAUACAAUC